AUGCCUUCUCAUGUUUACGACGUCAUUGUAGUAGGCGGCGGCGCGAUCGGGCUUGGAGCUGCAUAUGAGGUAGCCAAAGCAGGCAAAUCUAUUCUGGUACUCGAGCAGAGCUGUCUCUUCAACGCGAGUGGAAGCUCCAAUGACCUAGCCAGAAUGUAUCGCACAAUGACAUACAGGUAUACUGAACCGUUCAUGGCGGAGCUUGCUUACAAGUCCAUGGGCAUUUGGAACGAGCUAGAAAUGGACGCUGGUACAUCUCUGCGCGUAAUGUCAGGGCUCCUGAAUUUCGGAGACGCUACAAUGGGAGCAGACACCCCAGAAGGAACACUCAUGGGGCCUAUAGCUAAUCUGGAGAAGCUGGGUAUGCCGUUCCGCAGGAUGACGAAAAAAGAAAUGGAAAACGAGUACCCAUUCAAGAAACUCCCAGAAGCGUGGGAAGGCAUCUUCGCUCCAGAUAAUGGCGUGAUCAAUGUCCCACUCCUGGUUCGAACUCUGGCACGGCUGGCCAAAGACUAUGGCGCUCACACUAAGCAAUAUACCGAAGUCAAAAAGCUCGUCCCUGUUAAGGACAACGGCGAAGAUACGUGGAGGGUCGAAACCCGUGUCAACGGCGACGAGGCUGUGUUAUUCAGGGCUCGAAAGAUUAUUAUAGCGGCGGGUGCAUAUACAAAUCACGUCGUGCAGCCUAGCUUCAAUUUCAAGCUGAAGCUCAAUAUCUGGGAGAUGGUGGCAUCGUAUUUUUCGGUCAAUGCUGGUCCUAGUGGAACGCUUUUUCCAAGUAUGUGGUUCCAGUUCGCGAACGACAAGCAUGGCAGGUCACGGCUGUUCUACGGGUUUCCAACAGUCGAAUGGGGUCCUCCCAACGUGUGUCGAAUCGCGGUAGAUGCGGCAACAAGACAGAUUACAGACCCCAGUCUACGGUGCGGUAGCGUCGUGAACCCCGAGGAUAUACACGAUACACAGCAAUUCAUCAAAGAGCACCUGUCAGACAACAUGUUCGUACUAGACUAUAUUCCGGAACAGUAUCUCCAAGGCGGUGCAAGAGAUAGUGUGGCAGUGUUCACCGCCGGCUGGGCUAUGAAGUUCGUGCCGCUGAUCGGGCGAGCCCUGAAGGACAUGGUGCUGAAUGGACACUCUGAGUAUGCGUUGGACGAGUUCAAGAUCGAUCGUCUGGAUCCCAAGAGCAAAGGAAAAUAUGGCAAACCCCAAGCGGGCAUCAUUGACGAAGUGGAUGCCGAUUUUGCCAAUAGCUGGGAGCAUCUCUAG